AUGUCGCGCCCGCUACUUCCCGAGUCAGCAUACGCAGCUCUCGGCCUCUCUCCUGAAGCGAUCAAAGACCUGAUGAAUCCCAAGCCACCGCCGCCUGAACCCCCCGAAAUACACGCGCCGAACCUCCUCCAGAGCGAUGAGGACAACGCGCGGCCCAUGUCGCCCAACGAGACUUCUAUAACGCUGUAUGCAGAGCUCCUGCUGCAUAUACGUACUGUCACGCUUUUCGCCUCGCUGCGCACGAAUUUCUCGCGCUCAACUGAUGCGAAGCUGUCGAGCGACGGGUCUUACAUCACUGUGUCGCACGAAGGCCAGUCUGCGUCGAUACGUCUGCCUGUCAACAUCGAGGGUGGAGGCGAGGCUGCGCUCGAACUUCCAUCGCAACCCCCAACCAAGGAACUCACGCUACGUCUUCAACUAGAAGAGCGCGAAGGAAGCGACCUCCUGGGCGCACUGCAACGUGAGGACCGACAAGCCAAUAUUGUGCCAUGGGAUGGCGCGUCACUCAACGAUGCACAAGAUGUGGAGCUUACUUGUAAGAGCUGCGAAGGCGUGAUUGUGUCCAAGGGGAAGAUUCGGCAGUGGAAAGAUCUACCGAAUGAGAAUUGGGCUGAGAUGAUGGACUUUUGGCAUUGCCAUAAGCCGGAUGAGCAUCACUUGCAUGAUCAUAGUCACGAUGAGGUUGUUGGGCAGAAGGGAUAUGCAGCUGGCAAUCGCUUGCAGGCUGUAGACGGGGUAGGCUUUGUUGAUCUGGCGAGUUUCUUACUGGCGGAGCAGGACUGUGAUGGCGCACAGAUGUCUUCCAAAAAAGAAGCAGAGCUGCCGACAGACCUGAUCCAAUGCGCGCAUUGCAACCACACGAUCGGCACCCAGGAUCCUGCUACCUCCGGCUGGCGCAUACGAAAGUGGGCCAUUGGCGUAAGAUCCAUGUCCCCAUCCACAACAUCUACAUCAUCCACCUCUCCGACUACCUACACAGUCCAGAAAUGGAUAACAGCCCGUCUUCUCCAUCUAAUCGACAACACCGGCCUCCGCAAAUUUCACAUUCACACCCCUCCUCCACCUCCCUCCAACCCUUCCGAAGAAACUGAACCCAUACCUUCCCUUCUGGUCUGGGUGUUUACCCCGGACCUUCUCUUCUCUUCUUCCAUACCCACGCCUGGUCGCCUCGAUCCCACACGUACGAUGAAGAUUUUCUACCAGAAGCAGACCUGGCAAGCUUUGAAGCCUGGGGAAGCAGAAAGUGCACAAGUAGAGGACGUGGAGUUUCCUGAGGAGUUGUAUGGGGAGCUGGAAGGGGCGCUUGAAAGGAGUCAGAGGUUAUUGCCACCUACUGCGAAGAAGUUCCAAGGGUGGGAUGUUGGGCUACUGGAAAGGUUUGAGGUGCUUGAAGCUGGGAUGGGGAAUGUAGAAAGUGAGGAUGGUUUGAAUGGGCGCGUCAGUAACAAGGGGAAAAUGGGUGACAACGAGCUGGAAUGUGAGAUACCAUCGGAAGAUGUUGAUUGA